AUGAAGAAGACCCGGAGCACAACCUUGCGGCGAGCCUGGCCUAGCUCGGAUUUCUCGGACCGGGCCUCGGACCGCAUGAGGUCCCGCAGCGAGAAGGACUACCGCCUGCACAAGCGCUUCCCCGCGGCCUUCGCGCCCCAGGCUUCUCGGGGCUACAUGACAUCAGGUGAUGUGUCACCAAUCAGUAUGUCCCCCAUCAGCCAGUCCCAGUUUAUUCCACUCGGCGAAAUCCUUUGCUUGGCCAUCUCGGCAAUGAACUCUGCAAGGAAGCCUGUCACCCAAGAAGCACUGAUGGAACACCUGACGACGUGUUUUCCAGGGUGUUCCAACCCAAGCCAAGAAAUCCUACGGCAUCCAAACACACUGGUACGGGAGAGGAAAAUCUACCCGACUCCAGAAGGCUAUUUCAUUGUGACCCCACAAACUUAUUUCAUCACGCCUUCCCUCAUAAGAACUAACAGUAAGUGGUACCACUUGGACGAGAGGGUACCUGACAGGUCUCAGUGUACCUCGCCACAACCGGGAACCAUAACGCCCUCUGCCUCAGGCUGUGUCAGGGAAAGGACAUUACCCAGAAAGCACUGCGACUCUGCUUGCCACUGCUGCCGAGAAGACGUGCACAGCAUGCAUGCAUCGUCCACUCUGCAGAGGAAACCCGCCAAGGAAUGCAAAGACCCCUACUGCCCUCCUCCACUGGGCCAGGUGCCGCCCACUGAAAAAAGCAAAAGUACUAUAAAUUUCUCCUACAAGACAGAAUCUACUCUCUCGAAACCUAAAGACGGUGAAAAACAGUCCAAAAAAUUUGGCCUCAAGUUAUUCCGGCUGAGUUUUAAGAAAGACAAGACCAAACAGCUGGCCAAUUUCUCUGCCCUUCCUCCCGAGGAGUGGCCCCUGCGAGACGAGGACACGCCGACGUCCAUUCCCCGGGAGGUGGAGAUGGAGAUCAUACGGCGUAUCAACCCGGACUUGACGGUGGAAAAUGUCAUGAGGCACACAGCACUGAUGAAGAAACUUGAAGAAGAAAAAGGCCACCGACCGAGCAAGGCCGGGUCCUCUGCCCACCACAGUGGGCGGAGUAAAAAGAGCCGGACUCACCGAAAGUCCCACGGGAAGUCUCGGUCCCACAGCAAGACCCGCGUGUCGAAAGGUGAUCCUUCAGAUGGCUCACAUCUGGAUAUCCCGGGUGAGAGGGAGUAUGAAUUCUGCGACCCCCCUAACCAGGGCCCCCAGGGAGGCUGCUUCAUCAUCGAACACAAAGGAGACAGCUUCAUCAUGCACAACAACACAAACGUGAUCGAGUCCCAUUUCCCCAUGACGCCGGAGUGGGAUGUGUCUGGCGAACUGGCCAAAAGGAGAACGGAGAUGCCCUUUCCCGAACCUUCCAGGGGAAGCUCCCACUCCAAAGUGCACCGAAGCCACAGCCAUACCCAGGACCGGAGGUCCAGGAAUGAGAGAUCCAACAAGGCCAAGGAGAGAUCCCGGUCCAUGGAUAACUCCAAGGGCCCCCUGGGCGCUUCUUCUCUCGGGACUCCGGAAGACCUGGUUGAAGGCUGCAGCCAAGAUGACCAGACCCCCAGCCAGUCCUACAUUGACGACAGUACCUUACGGCCUGUGCAGACUAUUGGUCAUCAAAGGGCUCUUAUAUCCUCUGCCAGUUAUAAAGAGGUGUGCAUUCCAGAAAUAGUCGGUGGCAGCAAGGAACCUUCUAGUGCUUGUAGCCUUUUGGAGCCAGGCAAACCCUCUGAGAGUAUGCCGUCCUAUGGGGAACUCAGCCCUUGCCCAGCAAAAACAGCUGUGGAUGACUAUUUCCAAUGCAACACCUCUAGCGAGACUGUGCUCACGGCGCCGUCGCCUCUGGGAAGAAUAAAGAGGACCAGGACACGUUGACCCCUGGUGGAGGGGGUUAAAAAGCUGUCUCCGUCUGAGAGGCAGACCCCUCAUUCUUCCAGGGAACCUGUUGGGCACAAGGAGGAGUCACCGAAAGGGCCAGGUGGGGGCCCUGCUGCCUCCGGUGGUGUGGCAGAGGGGAUGGCCAAUGGGCGCCUCGUCCAACAUCAUAGCGCGGAACCCAGCAGCCUGGAUAAAAGGAAAGAAAUAUUCAGCAAGGACACACUGUUCAAACCCCUACACAGCACCUUGUCUGUAAACAGCUAUCACAAAUCCAGCUUGUCCCUCCUCAAAUCUCACCCGAAGUCACCUGUUGACACACUGCCAGGCCGUUGCGAAAAACUAGAACCUUCCCUUGGGACAUCCGUGGCCCAAGCCAUGCCUCCGUCCCAGCGUCAACAGGAGCCUGGAGGGAACCAGGAGGCCUCUUUUGACUAUUACAAUGUCUCCGAUGAUGACGACUCUGAGGAAGGGGCCAACAAAAACACAGAGGAGGAGAAAAACAGAGAUGAUGUGGGCACCAUGCAGUGGCUCCUUGAGAGGGAGAAGGAACGGGAUUUACAGAGGAAGUUUGAGAAGAACCUCACCCUCCUCACCCCAAAAGAAACUGAUAGCAGCAGCAACCAGAGAGCCACCCACUCAGCUCGCCUGGAUAGCAUGGACAGCAGCAGCAUCACGGUGGACAGUGGAUUCAACUCCCCACGCACUCGGGAGAGCCUGGCUUCCAACACAUCAAGCAUUGUUGAAAGCAACCGCCGUCAGAAUCCUGCUCUGAGUCCGGCCCAUGGCGGAGCUGGUCCAACUUCCUUCAACUUCCGCACAAGUACGGAUCCCCCGACCAACGAAGCUGAGAAAUUACAGAAACCUUCCAACUGCUUGCAAGCUUCUGUUACUAGUGUAUGAUUGUCCCUCUGCCUCAGACCUUCUGUCUUGUCCGAUACAGUAACGUUUACGACAAUUGGGGCUGACGUUUACAUCUUUGCAAAGACAAACAUCUCAAGCACAGCUUGGGGGGUCACUUGAGCUGUGCUGCUAAGUAGGCUAGGGCAAAAAAAAAAAAAAGAAAUCUUUAUUUCAGAGUAUUGCUUUUCACAUUUAUGGCUCUGUAGCAACCGAAUAGCAGUAGGGGAGAUAUGUAUACUUCUGCUUCACUAACUGUAUCUGAACACACAUAGGCAAGUCUAAACACUGUAAGUGGAACAUGCAUUUUUCAAUGUCAUGCAGUUGCCAAUUCCAUUUUGAAAUGCCACAGAUGUGUGUUGCUCCCAGCCAAUGGGGAAUGGGGCCAGGGAACUAAUCCUUGACAACCGCCCCCCCCCAAAAAAAAAGCCAAGUCACCACAAAAUGUAAAUGUGAGGGUGUCCACCGUGAGAGAAAUCGAUGCCAAACUGAGCAGAAGGGACCCCAGCCCUUUGUGUGUGAGUCCUUUAGGUGCCAGUCAUUUUUCACUGUGAGUUUUCACUACACUCUUGCAGGAGCCCAUGGCAGCGUGUCAGAAAGGGUCCUGCCGGAAGUCCUUAGAGUGUUUGUUUUCAGGAUUCUGUUUUCCAGUGCACUCGAUGCUUGUCUUGAGUUGUUUAACCUUCCACGGUCACAAACGGGAAUAUAGGCCUUUGAAGUGGACAAAGGAAGGGGAAUCCAGUCGGUCGCGCUGGACCACAGCACUGAGUGAUGGAGAAGGUGGUGUGGACUUUCGGGAGGGCUGAAUCAGAUAUUGAAGAAAGAUACCUUCCUCCUUGUGACACUGGGACGAGCUUUCUUCCUAUCAUAGAUGCAGUGGUUAGCUUGUUUGGAAGCAAAAUGUUCUUUAUGAUACAAAUGAAGAAUGUGGCCUGAGGGUGUUAUUCUUUCUAAUGGAAGGGACAUAAAUCUAUUUUAUGUAGUUUUAAAUAGAAUGCCUAAAUUAGGCUGUGGGAGAUAAUUUUUAGUGGUUGUAGGAAAGAGCAAAUUUAGGGAGAGUUGAACUUCAGGCCUUUUAUUCCUGGGAAGAUAUCUAUAGAAAAAAAAAAAAAAAACCUUUAAAGUAAUUUUUGAUUAGAAGUCUACAUGGACCCGUAUAAUAAACAGCAGAAUGUCCUCAUUCCGCUGGUAUGGUAUAUCCUUAAUUUGUACUCCCCUAAAAUUUAUCAGAAUGAUGAUUAUGCAUACAUGAACUAUGCCAGAGUAAUGUUUACAGAUACCUUGUAACGAUUUCAGGAGGCGUGUUUUAGGUGGACAGUGUGCUCACUCACUGGGCAUCUUUUAAGAUGAUUUCUUCACACUCUACUUCGGUUUGCAAUGCCAUGCUCAGUAUCAAAAGGCUCCGCAGUGGGGGGGGGGGGGAACCACUAGCCAAUACACUUCAGUCCUACAAGUAAGGCCCACUUCGACAGAAGACUAUACAGAAACGCUGUAUACCAUAGGAUUCCUACUGUAGGCACUGGAAAGCUAUCUAUCUACUCAAGGGUUACCUCUGAUCCCAGUAGAUGGUCUGACAUGAAGUUUUAUUCAGCUUAGUGUUGGAUGGUGCUUUUUGGAGCCAUGGAUCAUAAAUUGAUUCAUAAAUAAACAACUUUAAAAUCAAUGUAAAGUAUUUUCAGCCAAGAUCUCAGUGGUGACCAUAAAUCUGUGAGAGGUUUCUUUUUCUGUGUUAGGCUUAAUCACUAGCGGUGUGUUUGAGGAAACACAGUCAUGUGAAGUCGUGGGAAAGGUGUAGUCUCUCACAUUUUGCCUGCUAUUCGGAAGCUGCAUUGGGUCAAACUGGGCUCCUCAACUUUGGUAUAAAACAUUGCUUUUGUGUGCUUCUUGGAGUAAGACUUAAGCACAGUGGGCAGUACACUGCUACGUCAUUGAAAUGCUUAAGCCAAUUGGGUUUUGAAUCUCAUACCUUCUCCCCCCCCCCCCCAGGCAUGCCUCAGUUACUCAAAAACACAUUGUUUCUCUCAUUACUUAAGUAUGUCCAGAGCAACCAAGUAUCCACAUCCAGAAUGAGCAGCCAUGGAUCUGGUGUUCUAUAGAGUCUUUUUGCUUGAGGAGCUGUAUGCCACAUGAUUCCUAGAUUUGGUCUGUCUAAAUUAACUUUUUCCCAAAAACCUGCUCUCAAAUUUUUGGCAUAUUCAGUCCGUUAAUAAUAGGACCAUUCAAACAAUACAUUAGACUCUGAUAGACCCUCUGGACAUAGCCAUUGAAGGAAUCUAGUACUGUGUGAGCAGGAAGGACAGAAUUCUGUUCAGGAGAAGAAGCUUUAAAGACAUGAAUUUUGAUGGUCUGCAAGAAAUAGGUUUACAGAAGACGUUAUUCAAAUAAAAUGUGUACGCUAUUUGCCUAAUCGCUAUGGGGUACAUGAUUUCAGAAAGAAACAAAAGACCCUCCCGUAACCAGCAGCCAUUAGCAUAGAACGAAGGACUUCAAAGGUGAUAUGCCACAUAAACAGAUAUUCCAUGGAGAAACACUCCUGUCUGUUUCUAAUCUGGAUUCUUGAAUGGAGGGACAUUGGUGGUGGGAAGCACAUGGCAGACAUGACAAGUCUAUGUGUCUAAGAUGACCUCAUCAAGAUGGUGAGACUCUUGACGCCCACAGCCCUGAGGCCCUCCCUAGGCUUUGCCAAUAUUCCUCUCCACUGGAAGCUAGCUUUGUGUUACAUGACUGCAUGUCUAGUCUUAGCGUUUAUCAAUGGAAAGGUUUACAAAACUGAAUCUGGUUGAAUCUCUGUGAGGCAUUCAACUUUAAAGGGUCAACACAUCUGUCAGCAUUUUGCACACUUAUAUGUAUUAUUAUGAUACAGCAUAUUACUUUAUGGUAAUUUUUAUUUUUACAUAUAACUACCUCCAUGAAUUUGAUGAGAUGGCAGCAGUGUGUUCAAGUGUGUUCUUCAGAAAAGCAAUGUUGAAAACACGCUUCCGCGGUAGGCCAUGGUGUUCCGUGUGUGCGUGACUUGCCCAUUGGACUCAUAACUUUCUCACUGGCGUGGUUUUUCUUCCCCAUCACGCUGUGGCUUCCAAUUGUAAACCUGUUGUCUUCUUUCUCUCUCCUUUCUGCCCCGUGAAAGCACAUUUGAUUUGUUACAAGUGAAUGAACAUUUUAAAAUGUUUUAAAAUUAUUGUCUUCCCCAUUCUUC